AUGGAGGCAGCAAUAUCUACUGAAUUAACAGAUAAAAUUAUUAAUGAAUUUCAUUUCCCACAAUUAACACUUUUUGACAUUAAAAUUGACCCUGGAUUAAAAAAUGAUGAGGGAAUUGAACUACCAAGACCCUUUACAAAAAGUCAAAUGCGUAAGUGGUUGAAGAAAGUAAGAUGGGAAAAUAGUAAAGCAGAAAAACGUAGUAAAGAGAAAGCACGUGCUAAACAAAGAAGAAGAGAAGCAAAAGCGGCAAAUAUAGAUUUAGGACCUAACAGAAAAGUGUUAAAGAAAAUGAAGUUAGAAAAACCAAAAAGAACCACUGGGAUCAUUGUAGAUCUUAGUUUUGAUAAUUUGAUGAUUGAAAAAGACAGGUAUAAAGUGAUCAAACAAAUUUUAAGAUGUUAUUCUAUUAACAGGCGGUCAGAAUCACCUUUACAAUUUUUUAUAACAAGUCUUGGAGAAAAAACAAAAAUUGAUAUGUCAAGACAUAAUGGUUAUGAAAAUUGGGAUAUAGUCUACCAUGAAAAAAAUUAUCUGGAUGUAUUUCCAAAAGAAAAACUUUUUUAUUUAACCAGCGAAUCAGAUAAUGUAAUUGAAGAAUUUGAAGAAGACACCUAUUAUAUUAUAGGAGGAUUAGUUGACCACAAUCAACAUAAGGGACUUUGUCAUAGUAUUGCUGUUGAACAAGGAAUAAGACAUGGUCAGUUACCAUUAAGUAAAUAUGUUAAUAUGAAAACUAGGAAAGUUUUGACCAUUGAUCAUGUUUUCGAGAUUGUACUAAGAGUAUGUGAAGGAAUGUCAUGGCAAGAAGCCCUGAUUAAUGUGUUACCUGUAAGAAAAGGAGUACACGUGUGCGACUCUGGCAGCAAUGAUUCAUCCAGCAUAGACAUUUCUUUAAACAAUGACCUUAAUAGU